AUGAAAGACAACUGUGUCUUAAACUUACCUUCUUAUUCAUCUCAUCCUUUGGAAAAUCAAUAUGGCUAAAAAAAUGAGGUUAGUGAGACUAACAGUAGUCAAAGGACAAACAGUCAAAGUGAAGUGGGUUUUAGUUAAAAAGUAAUUUGAUUGUAUAUAUAUAUUUAUAGGAAGGAAGUAAGAAGACAGAGGGGACAAAAAAGAAAAUUAAUAAAGAAUAAGAGUAAAAUGCAAUGAAAAAUCAAGGCCAUUGGACUAGUCAAGAACAUCAAAUUUAUGUAGAGUUCUUAGAGUAGCAUCAUGAUACAUCUAUGUAGAGUCAAUAAAAUAGAAAGAAUAAUAAAAUCUUUAAAUUAAUGUCAUAAACAAUAGGAACCAGAUCUCCAUCUUAAUGCAGGUAUUAUAAAGUAAUAUGUAGAUCGCAUCAUCAAAAAUUUAAUCCAUAUACAGCAGCUGGAUAAAAGAGGAACAAGAGAAACAAAAGGAGAAUGAGUAAUUAAAAUGUAGAUGGAGAGAAUAUGUUAAAUAUGACAGUAAAACCUAUGAUACAAUAUAAUACUCCAAUGAUAAAACCAAUUUUAGGUAUGAUUGAUGAAAAUACUCAUAAGAUCAAUGUUAUGAUGAGUGCGAUGAUUACAUCUCAAACUAUGAGGAUUCACGUCCUUAGUUAAAAAAUUAUUGUUUCAACUCUAAUUUCAAUAAUGUAUACAGGAAUAUAUAGGAUAAUGAUUAGUACUUUUAUUGA